CCGCCCGCCCGGACCGCCCGGACCGCCGCGGGGCGACGGGCCCGAGACGGCGCCCCGCGCCCCGGAUUCGCCUCGGCUCGGCCGCGCGUAUAUUUCCCUUCCUGCAUGAUCUCCAACACUGAUAGAGUGGAAGAAACUGAGGUACCAUGAAAAAGAAAAGUAACUGGGACUGAGAAAAAGAAAGAGGGUCCUUAAAGGAUGUGUAAGAAACUAGAGUUGAAAAUUUCUCGCGAUAUCUUGGUACAUCCAGCGUAAUAGGCCUCAGUGAGCCGCAGCGCCGAAAUAGAAGCUCGCGAGACUUCUGCAGUUGCCGGAGACGAAGAGGAGGAGGAGAAGGAGGAGGAGGAGAGGUGAUCUCGCGAAAGAAAACAGGUCGGGAGCGCUCGCGAGAUCUCAGACCACCGGACACCAAAGGUUCUUAGGAAGUUGAAGGGCCUGGAGGAGGCCCGGGAACAAAUGGCCGCAGCUGGACCAACCAUGCUGCUGCGAGAGGAGAAUGGCUGUUGCAGCCGGCGUCAAAGCAGCUCCAGCGUAGGGGACUCAGAUGGGGAGCGCGAGGACUCACCGGCUACGCGCGCUAGGCAGCAGCUGGAGGCGCUGCUCAACAAGACUAUGCGCAUUCGCAUGACAGAUGGACGGACACUGGUCGGUUGCUUCCUCUGCACCGACCGCGACUGCAAUGUUAUCCUGGGCUCGGCGCAGGAGUUCCUCAAGCCGUCGGAUUCUUUCUCUGCCGGGGAACCCCGUGUGCUGGGCCUGGCCAUGGUACCUGGACACCACAUCGUUUCUAUUGAGGUGCAGAGAGAGAGCCUGGCGGGGCCUCCCUAUCUCUGAACACGAUCGCGCAUGCCUUUCGGACUUCAUUAAAUCUAUAACC